UUUUGUCCUUUUUAUUAUUUUUCCUUGGUUGUUUCAUUUACCAUACAUGGAGCUCACAAUCACCCAGUACUCUUCCCUUAAAGUACCACCUUUUAUAUCUAGCUGUUGUAAGGCCUCCUCUUAUGUGAAUAGGUUAAUUCCAAUUAAACCUACAACAAAAUUAAGUACCAAAUCAUCCAACUUCCCUUCAAAAUGCGCCACCAAUAAAUUGAACCAGCCGAUAGGGCUCUAUGGGGAGAACAGGUUCUCAAAAUCCUUAUUAUUUGGCCAACGUAACCGUAAUUAUAGUCAGGCAUGCGCUCAACUGGAAUCUGAAGGUUCAAACCCCGUCCUCGACAAAGAUCAAACUAAAUCAGCUGGUCCAAAUUUGGUUGCCAAAAUUUUACGUUUUGGAUCUGUUUUUUAUAAAUUCUCAAGGCCCUAUGCAAUGAUUCAAGUAUCUAUAUCAUCCAUAUGUAUGUUUGCAAGAGUAAUGGUCGAGAACAAACACUUGUUCAAAUGGUCUCUGUUGUUUGAGGCAUUACCGGGCCUAAUAGCUAUAAUUCUUGCAAACUCUUACAUUGCUGGCAUUAAUCAGAUUUUUGAUGCCGAUAUUGAUAGGAUGAACAAACCUUAUUUGGCAAUACCGACAGGCGAUCUUUCACUAAAACAAGCAUGGUUCUUAACGAUAUUUUCCGUAAUUGGAGGCCAGUUGAUUUUAUGGUUAAUGAACGCCAAUUUGAUCACCACUUGUUCCUUUUGUCUUACUCUCCUAUUGGCAACUAUGUAUUCUGCCCCUCCAUUUAGGUUCAAAGGAUCUUCUAUUGCAACACUUAUUUCGAUUUCUUUGAUGAGUACAAUUCACCAUGCCGGUGUACUCUACGCCGCCACAACUUCCCUUGGACUUCCAUUCCAGUGGAGCCCCCCAAACGUUUUCAUUGUGACCUUUGUUGCGUUGUUUUACUUCGUAGCUUGCCUCACAAAAGAUAUCACAGACAUAGAAGGUGACAUGAGGUAUAACAUCCGAACAUUUGCGGCGAUAAUUGGACCUAAAUACAUUACAAUCCUUGGAACGGGAAUUUUGAUGUUAGCCUACAGUGGUGCUAUAGCGGUUGGCAUUUACAUGCCUCAAGCUUUCAAGCGUUAUUUAAUGUUGUCUGCUCACUCAAUCAUGGCCUUAUGGUUACUUUUUCAGGCAAAAAAGUUGAACAAAGCAAAUUAUGUCAAGGAAGCAAGCGCAAAGUUUUAUCAAUUCCUCUGGAACCUUCUUAAUUUAGAGUUUCUCUUAUUUCCUUUCAUGUAACGAAAUAGUUGCCAGUUAAUUAUGCGUUUUCCCCUAUAGACUAGGGUGGGGUAAGGAAUUAAUUGAGUUGUGUGCAAUAUUUUUAAGAUAUUAUCAUUUUGUUUCUUUUAAUUUUGAAUAAAGGCAUU